CGCACUCGUCCACUGUGGUUCGACCUCUGCAGUCGGUAAGUGUAUGAUGGCAGUUUGAAUGAGACAGAACCUUGUGACAAAUCCCUGUUCAUCCUCCCUCCAGGCUUCACGCGGCAGCGCACAAAGAGACCCGGGCUUCAGACCAGAUUUGACCGAACCGGAUAAAACGACCUAACCUCGAAAAAUGUACGCCUGUGCAAAGUUCGUCUCCACGCCGGCGCUGGUCCGUGCUGGCUCCCGGGCUCUCUACAGACCCCUCUCUGCCUCAGUGCUGUCCAGGCCUGAGAUGACAUCAGAGAGCAGUGUUGCUGUGAUGCCACAGAGCUCCCUCACCCAGGUCACACUGAGGGGCUUCCAGACCAGUGCUGUCAGCAGGGACAUUGACACCGCUGCAAAGUUCAUCGGAGCUGGAGCUGCCACAGUCGGAGUAGCUGGAUCCGGUGCUGGUAUUGGGACAGUGUUCGGCAGUCUCAUCAUCGGCUACGCUAGGAACCCAUCUCUGAAGCAGCAGCUGUUCUCAUAUGCCAUCCUGGGAUUCGCCCUGUCUGAAGCUAUGGGACUCUUCUGUUUGAUGGUCGCUUUCCUUAUCCUGUUUGCUAUGUAAAAAAUGAAAAAUCUACUGUCAAAUGACACGUUCAUUACAGAUGUGACUACAUAUUUUAUUGUGGCUACCAAAAUUGUUCCGUGUUGCUCUCAUGGAAAUGUACAUUUUCAAGUCUUUCGGGCACUGUUGAAAUAAGCAAAACAUGUAUUGUACGAAUGUAAGAAAUUACGUGAUUAAAAUACAUGUUUUUGACUAUUUAAGGAUGGUAAAAACGUUUUACGUCUGGAAUGUCAUGUUAACACAAGAGAAAAGAAAGCGGUCAGGUUUUCUGAAUGUCAUCUUUCAGCUCCUAGACUUGCCAUGCAUCUGCCUUGUUCUUCUCAGCAUCACAUGCAAUCUUUUUGGGGUCCACCAUAAUGAGUUUAAUGUAAUGGUAAUGUUAUUAGGCAGCAAGUGAGUGCUUGCUUUUUUAAAUGGCAUUGAAUAAAUCUAGACAAUUUAAUUAAGUUAAA